CUUAAAAUCGUUUGUUGUUUCUAGAAAUGGUUUCGUUGGAAGAUUCUCACUGCAAUUCAAACCGAUUACCGCUCGGUCCAAACUUCCACACCUCUGCUUCUGCUUCUGCUUCUGCUUCAACCACCAAAAUCCACCGACACACGGGCCGUUCCAUGCGUACGAUACGCUCUUAUCUCUACCAAAACGACAACAGCAGCUGCUCCUUCACCAACUCCGUUCCUGAAAGGUCCGGAUUUGUCUCGGAAAAUCUGACGGAAUCCGUUAUCGACAUGCGUCUUGGCGAACUAGCUUCCAAAUGCAACACCAAAUCGGUUAGCGAGGACUUUUUCGAUAUUUCUCAAGCCUUAACUGAUUUCUCGGCUUGUAGCAGCGAUAUCUCUGGUGAGCUGCUGCGGCUAGCGAGCUUGCCCUCCCCCGAAAACGCCUUGAUGAGUGAGAGCAGCAAGAGAGCCGAGUCUGAGCAGGAGCCGGAGCCCUGCCACGGCUUUCUGCAGAGAGAGAAUUUCUCGACAGAAAUUAUCGAGAGUAUUUCGCCAGAGGAUCUUCAACCGACAGUCAAGAUCUGCGUCGACGGCCUCCAAUCGCCGUCAAUUGCAUUGAAGCGAUCGGCUGCGGCUAAGCUCAGGCUACUAGCGAAGAACCACGUUGAUAACCGUGCAUUAAUUGGAGAAUCCGGUGCGAUCCCUGUUCUGAUUCCGCUCCUGCGAAACAGCGAUCCAUGGACUCAAGAGCAUGCAGUGACUGCGUUACUAAAUUUGUCACUUUUCGAAGCGAACAAAACCCUAAUUGUAAAUGCUGGAGCUAUAAAAUCAUUAGUGUAUGUUCUCAAGACAGGAACCGAAACCUCCAAGCAAAACGCGGCUUGUGCACUUCUGAGCUUAGCUUUGAUUGAAGAAUACAAGACUUCAAUCGGAGCAUGCGGGGCGAUUCCACCGCUGGUAUCUCUUCUGAUGAACGGAUCCAACAGAGGCAAGAAAGAUGCACUGACAACUCUUUAUAAGCUGUGUUCGGCCAGGCAAAACAAAGAAAGGGCGGUCAGUGCGGGUGCAGUUAGGCCUUUGGUGGGGAUGGUGGGAGAGCAAGGGACUGGGAUGGCAGAGAAGGCGAUGGUCGUUCUUUGUAGCUUGGCGGGAAUUGAGGAAGGAAGGGAAGCUAUUGUGGAGGAAGGUGGAAUUGCGGCACUAGUGGAGGCGACAGAGGAUGGGUCUGUCAAGGGGAAGGAGUUCGCAGCGGUGACACUGUUGCAGUUGUGUGCUGAUAGCAUUAGGAAUCGUGGAUUGCUUGUUAGGGAAGGUGGCAUCCCUCCUCUUGUGGCGCUUUCUCAGACUGGGAGUGUUAAGGCUAAGCAUAAGGCUGAAAAACUUCUUGGGUAUUUGAGAGAACCAAGACAAGAGGCUUCCUCAUACAGUCCUUAGAGAAGAGAAGUUUAUUUAACUAUACUAGGCAAUUGUUUUUUUUUUUUUUUUGGGUAUAUGAGUGUUUUGAAGGUUUGUACAGUGUGGUUGAAAAUUUUGGUAGAAUGAUUGUACAAUUGAAAAAAGAAAAAUUAGGGGAGACUAGUGUGCAAGAGGCUGACUUUUAGAUGUAACAAAGCUUCCCAAAAUGGAUUUUACUACUUGCAAGAAGUAAAACUAACUAAAUAACUUCCAACUUCAUAUUUUUAGCAGAUAAGGCUUGCAUUUGGGACGUUUGGAUUUGGCAAUCUUCCAUAGUCUCAAAUCUAGUUUUUAAUCUAUCACUCAACCUCUUUUCCAAUUUAUCUCCCUUUGAAGCAAAUAAUGGACUAAAUUAAUUUUGACUCUAGAUAUCA